UCACAGGGGGCUGCGACGCCGCCGCGGCCCAGAGUGCUGAAGGCGGUGACGGCCGGUUUGUGACUCGGGCCGGGCCGGCUGAGCAGCCGCAGGAUCUCGCUUCGCGUUUGCGGGCUCCGGGGCGGGGGCUCCCGCAGAGAAGCCCCCUCCCCGGGGUGGCGGGGUCUGGGAGGCUCCCGGUGGGGAGCGGCGGUGGCCGGGAAGGAUGCAUCAGAAGCUGCUGAAGAGCGCGCACUACAUCGAGCUGGGCAGCUAUCAGUACUGGCCGGUUCUGGUGCCCCGCGGCAUCCGCCUGUACACCUACGAGCAGAUCCCCGUGUCCCUCAAGGACAACCCGUACAUCACCGACGGCUACCGGGCCUACCUGCCCUCCAGGCUCUGCAUCAAAAGUUUGUUUAUUUUAUCUAAUGAGACGGUAAACAUCUGGAGUCAUUUGCUGGGUUUCUUUCUCUUCUUCACCCUGGGAAUAUAUGAUAUGACAUCUGUAUUACCUUCGGCAAGUGCAUCCAGAGAAGAUUUUGUGAUUUGUUCUAUAUGUCUUUUCUGCUUCCAGGUCUGUAUGCUUUGCUCAGUGGGCUAUCAUCUUUUUUCUUGCCAUCGGUCAGAAAAAACCUGUCGAAGAUGGAUGGCAUUAGAUUAUGCGGGAAUUUCUGUUGGAAUAUUGGGCUGCUAUGUCUCAGGAGUAUUUUAUGCAUUUUAUUGUAAUAAUUAUUGGCGGCAAGUGUACCUGAUCACAGUGCUUGCUAUGAUCCUCGCAGUGUUCUUUGCACAGAUUCAUCCCAAUUACCUCACACAGCAGUGGCAGAGGCUCCGUUCCAUCAUCUUUUGUUCUGUUUCGGGCUAUGGAGUGAUCCCCACUCUUCACUGGGUUUGGCUCAAUGGAGGAGUUGGUUCUCCUAUUGUACAGGACUUUGCAUCCCGUGUAAUUGUGAUGUAUGUGAUUGCUCUUCUUGCUUUCCUAUUCUACAUUUCCAAAGUUCCAGAACGGUACUUUCCAGGACAACUAAACUACCUCGGAUCAAGCCACCAAAUAUGGCACAUCCUUGCAGUAGUGAUGUUAUAUUGGUGGCAUCAGUCAACAGUGUAUGUCAUGCAGUACAGACACAGCAAACCUUGUCCUGACUAUGUUUCGCAUUUGUGAAUUCAGGUAUGGCCACCUGAUGAAUUCAGUUGGGAAGCAAUACAUAUGGGGAGUUCUACACCCCACUGUUUCUAAGAUUUCCAUUAGUUUUUGCUUUUUCUGUGUACUGUAUCAUGAAUAUUGCUUUAUAAAAAUGAAAAAAUAUACUUGGUUGUCUUCAGUAGUAACUGCUUUACAGACCCUGAAAACUACUAAUCUGCUGCUUGUACAGAAAAUAGAGAUGAGUUGGCAGCCAUGAGAGUAUCUGAAUAGCAACAAUGAAUGUGAGAUUAGCAUAGUAACAGGAUUCAUUUUACUUAACACCAGCUUAAUUUUCUUAGGAAGGGCUCAUCUCCACUGGAAAUGGAGUCAUCGUGUCUGAUUACUUUAAUAGGAGAUAUUUUCAUUACUCAAAUGUAAGUGCCUAAUCAAGGUGAACGUUGUUACAGCGUAUGCUUAAUCCAAGCUAAGAUCGUGAUUUUGAAUAAUCACAGCCUUUACACAUUUUGUGAGAAACUGGCACGUAAGAUAUUAUUUGCUUUAGCUAUAGUUUCUGCUCUCCUGAGAAAUACUGGAUUUUUUAGCUUACCAGAAGAAAAACUUUAAACUUCUCUUUUGAGAGAGGUGUUGAGAAAAGGAGAAAAAUUACUCAUUAUUUGUCUGAUAGUAGUUAUAUUAAAAGAGGAACAUAAGUGACAGAUUCUGUGGUCUAAUAAAUCAUUAGCCACUUAAGCCUUUUAGUUCUAAGUAUUACUUGAUUCCAUGUAAUAACUGAGUUGAGAGUGGAUUACAGAAGAUUUUGAUGUUGAAUUCCAGAAGAAUUUUUACCUUUCUAAAUCUGUAGUUCUGUAUUUUGUGAUGAUGAGGAUUUCCAGCAAUCUGGGUGCUUCUCUUAAGGCCAUAGGGGAUGGCCCUGUCUUGGCCCUGAAGUAAACCUUAAGCCUUAGGACAAAUUCAUGCAGAUGCCCCAUUUGAUGAGAUUAUUCAUCGAUACUGUAGUUUUCUGUUUAUGAAUGCAUUAGCAUUACAUUGAUAACUUGUGAGUAUUCAUAAACACUAUCUAAAAUUUGAAAAAGAAUUAAACUUGCCCUUUAUUGUUUAUACUUCAAAAAUACAUGUUACUGCCCUAUCAUACAGAGUAAACUAUUCUAUGGUUUUUCAUAUAUGUAAAUUAAAUCCCAGAAAGCAGAUUCAUAAACUUUGAUGUUAUUUAUUGGAAUAUACCAAAGUUUCUUAAUCAAUUGACAAGCGGUUCUAUUUGCUGUCUGAACAGUAGCAUUAACUUUCAGAAGAAAUGCUGAUGGAUGAAGCUUAUUCCAAAAAUGCCUUUUGUAUAUCCAGUAUUAGGAAAGUAAAUUUAACGUGCCUCAGUUUGUGCAUGUGUAAAAUUUGUUUCUUUCCACUAUAGUGUUUUGGGAAUAUAAAUUCCCUGUACUGGUAUUUCAUGGAGGCUGUUAGAAAAUAACCUCUUAGUAGAUGAAGUAAGGGUUCACAUGGGCAUAUCUUUGUGAUCAUGGAAUGUUCCUUUGAAAAUGGCUGCUGUUCCUAAUAAGGCCACAAUAUUCAUUUGUAUGUUUUAGAACGUUUUGAUGCGACUAUAGAACAUACUUCCCUAAAACACUUAUCCUUUAUUGGCUUACAGGACAUUGCUUUUAAAUAAACAUUUUGUCAUUAUGGCCCAACAAAAUACAGUUAACGUACCAAGUUAAAAAUGAAGGUGAAGUUCAGUUACUUUAGAUUUGGGACCAUUUUUAUUUUAAAAUAUUCUCAAAAUGAAAAGAAAAAAAGUCUUGAGUUUUGCUUUCAGUUUUUUACAUUACUGUUUUUGUCAGUUUUCAGACGUACUACUUGCCACCUGAGUUAACGUAUAAGGAGUAUAAAACCUUAGAAUUACUAAUUCUUUGACUAUAAAAGGCAGGCAUGUUGGUCUAACUGUAGGCAGAAUUAUUCUACAAAAAUUUCAGUGUUUUAGGCAAAUGUUUAAUGCCAUAAGAAAGUUGUCUUUCAUUUUUAUUCUCUCAAAUAAAUGUGGAUUGCCCUCAACUAUAAACACUUCUGUAUAUCAGUAUUUAUCUACCACCUACUGUGUGCGCAGCACUACUGGUAAAAUUUUUAAGACAUUCUUAACAUUAAAGAAAAUUUGAAGUUGCCUACAAAUCUGAGCAUUGUAAUAGUGUAUAUUUGUUAUUUUUGUUAUCCGUUUACUAAAGACUAAAAGUGUACUAGCCAGCUAUAGUAAAGAAGACUAGUUUUAAUUGUAUUUAUGUGUAAACAAUAAAAGGUCAUCUACAGACUUCACAUUUUACAAUUAUCUAUGGCUGUUUUAAAUCAGCAAUUUGUAAGGUUAUAGUUAACUCUUUAAGCAACAGUUCUUUCUAAGUAUAAAGCCAUUUUCAAAUAGCAAGAUUAGUGCUUGUCUUUUAUUACAGAGUGCAAUUCAGUAAGCUGCAUGAUAAAACAUGUAUUAUGUAAAUAAACUGAGUUUAC